CUCUUUUCUUUCCUAGUUCCUUUCAAAAGAUACUUCUUUUAUUCAUCUGUGAAAAAACAAUAUAUCAAGUGUUGCUCUAUUCUUUAUUAUUCAAAAAGAUAAGCAGACUUAACAUAGCGUACCUCGGAUGUGUCCCAUUUAUGUUUACAGUAAAAGAAAAGACUGAGUUACUCCACUCUUAUCGUGUUUUGAAAUUCUGCUACGUUUUUGUCUUGCUGUUAUACUUUUGCUACUUUGGUGUUCUGCUACGCCUUUAUCUUGCUGUUGCGCUUUUGCUUGCUCUUUUGCUACUUUGAUAUUCUGCUAUCUGUGCCUACGCUAUAUCUAUCUAUAUACUACUGGUAUUUUGACAUUAUGCUACGCGUUUUUCUGCUCUUGAUGCUCUGCUAUCUUAUAUCUCCUGUAUCUCUGCUCUUUUGCUUUAUGACUUUGCUCCGUUGGUACUUUGACAGUAUUCUGCGCUAUUCUUUGCUAUUUGGUAUUCUGUUAGCCUAUGAUUCUACUGUUACUCUUUACUAUUCUAUCAUCUGAAUCUGUACUCUUCUAUGGCUCACAAUGUCACUCUUUGCUACUGUUCUCACUACCAAACAACUAUGGUAUAUUCGAUAUUCCCUUAUUCUUGGUGACCAAACCAUGAAGUCGUUAAAAACUCUGAUGAUCAAAAUGCUUCGUCAUUUUCAUGUAAAAUUUACAAAAAGCAAAAAGCAAAAUAUAUAUAUAAAAAAAUAAAAUAGAAAAAUCAAAAAAGCUAGUAAAGAAAAUAGAAAAGAUAAAAAAAUUAUAAAAGAGCAAAAGGAUCAUGGAAAAAAAAAAAACAAAAACAAAAAAA